GUCGUUCGUAGCAGCGCUGUCGUUGGCGCGGAGCAUUACUGAUCGCGGAACAACCUCUCGCGUUGCCGUAGUUGAAUUGCCUAAUUGACACGAACUUGUUUUAUUUGCUGUUUGUUACUACUAUGGAGAGACGGGAAAACGAAGCGGCCGUAAUGGGUUUGACAAGAACAGCUGUGUACGUUGCGUAAUUGAAGUAACCGCGCUAAGUUCGGUAACUUUUAUGGAACAUUUCGUUGAACUGCAUGUUGUAAUCUGGUGUUGUGGGAUAUCUGAGCGGUCAUUUUCCAUUGAUAACUGCAAGGCAGAAUGCCUUGCACUGUAGGCCGCGAUUUGCACCUGUGGUCUGUGCGUGCACACUCCAAGAGAUCUGGCGGAAAGUGAGCCUGUGGAAAGUGGAGUUGGAGGAGAUUCUGGAAGUGGCGUCUGUUGACAGUGACCAGUGGGUGAGCAUGUUGGCUGAGCUCCUUCGAACUUUUCCAAACACUGGAAUGCUCAACUUCACCAUCGAAGAGAAUUCCAGUGUAUUUGUGGAUCUGUGCAAUGACCUUAGGAAGCUAGUGAAGAAGCAUGGAGAUAAGAACAUUCUUCCACUGGAAUGCAUGUACCUCAACAAACACGCGCUCACGGCGCUUGUAGGCCAGUUGCCCCAACCUGUGAAACACUUUGCCCUCAAAAGGAAACCAAAGUCUGCUGCACUUAGGGCAGAGCUGCUGCAGAAAUCUCAAGAUGCAGCGAGCAAUGCCAAGCGUAGCACAUCUUCCUCGUCUGUGCCUAUCAGGUGCAGAGGUCUCACAAAGGCCAUUGACAAUUCAAGUCCCAUUCGGGGUAUCCCAAGUAGAGUACCGACGGGUGGUUUCAAGAGCCCCGGAGCUAACCGCAUGGGGGCUAAUACACCCAUGAUCCGGUCCCUAGCCAAACCUAUUGGGAACAAGAAGGACGGAGGUAUCAAAUUGCUAGAUAUCAACGAACAGCCCAUGGGGUAUGGACGAGAAGCAAAACGGAGAAAGAAGUUGACAGAGGAGCUUCCAGAGAUGCAAAAGAAGGACAAAGAUGCAGCAUCUGUGCCCACCACAUCAGCUGUGCCAACCACGCCAGACUAUGCCGUCGGUCUUCUUUCUUCUUCACAGUGUCCACAGAGCCUCUUUUCCUGUAUUCAUCCUUCCUUUUUUUAUGCAAGCAACAGUGUGUAUGGGCCAAGAUUUGGAUGGCUGACUGCAGUACCAGCAUCACCAGCAGCUCCCUAUGGUCUUCCAGCAACCAGUACAGCUCUGCCUACAAUGGUGGCUAAAACGAAUACACCCCAUGCAGCAGCUAGCACGGCAACAAUCACGCUUUCCCGCGACAAUUCCUCCGAACAUGCAACGACCCCAGCAGUGUCCACGUCUCCUGCUACGUCCUCCCCGGCACAGGAACCGAGGCCCAACGUGGCAACGGUUGUGACGACCAGUGAACUGUGCCCGGCCAGUUCGGCGAGCGUGAUGGUUUCUCAAGACAUGCGUACCACGGCAGCUAUUGGUGGUCUCGGAGCCAUGAGCGGGCCGGCAAUGCAGCACAUCGCCGUUCAGAAUAUGCAACCUGGUACUCAGCAGACUGCGGUGGUUGUUACGGCGCAGCCUCAACAGUCGCAGCAGAGACCGGGCCUUACCUUGUCGCGGGACCAAAUUGCGGAAGCGCAAGAGAUGUUCAAGAAUUCUAACAAGGUCUCUCGUUCAGAAAAAGCACUCAUUUUGGGAUUUAUGGCUGGAUCUAGAGCCAAUCCCUGUCCCGACUUGGGCAACGUCAUCACGAUUCGCUUGAGCGAGAACAAAGAAGACGUCAUCCAACCUGGAGGUGGAACGCGUCAGAUGAUCGUCGAGACACACUUCCAGAUGAACUACAACACGGGAGAAUGGAAGAGAGUGAAGAAGAUCCGCAACUUAGACGAGUGAACGUCCCCAUUUUCAAACGAGUCUCCGUAGUGGAGGCCCUCCCAACUCUCACCAUUGUAAUUCAGAUGUACAGAUUUCAUCAAGGUUGUCACAUGAUGCCCCGUGAGGUUUAUUAUUCACACACCCAGCAUGUUUGUGUGUACAUAGCUUUGUUCUCUCUUUUACGACUGGUGCUUGGAUAUAGGAACUCCUGGUGUUUGUAUGUAAACUGUUGCAGAUGUUUAUAGUAGUGUGAGGAACAAUGGAAUAUGUGUACGUAUACAUAUGUAUAAAUAAUUUUGCCAAUGCCAAACAUGAGAUCAAAGCUUAGACUUAAGCUGUCGUGUUUGCCGACAGGCGAAGAGGGACACCUUUCUUUCUGUCAGUAGAAAAUGUUAUUGGUUGUGAUGCAUUAAGAAUGGUCGAUUCAAAGAUAACUAUAGUGGUUUCAGUACACCUUUCAUUCAAAGUAAUAGCAAACAGGCAGACGGCAGACAGUCAUGGCUGCAGAAAUGUUUGAGAUAUGGUCAUUUGUGUGAGGAAAUCUUUGGAGCAUAAUUUAUAACCAUAAUUUAGUUUUUUCACAUCUGUGGAUAAGUGACUUCCUUAGGCGCCGUUCUCCAAAGUUGGACUUAUUUACAUCUGAAAGUAAAAGACCCUGAUGCCAUUAAGCAGGUUUUGAUAUUUAACAUUGUUGUUGUGCUCCGGUAAUUAUUGAUUCCUGAAAAUGGUGCAUAGGUCAAUGCAGGCAUAACAGAUCAGUUUACAAAGUCUCCACCAUCUAUGCAAAAUUAACGAUUUUGUGGCAGUGUGUUGUCUUCAUUUGGGUUAUGAUAUGGGAGACAAAUUUUGUGAAGUAAAUUUUCUUUUGACCUGCAAGGUUUCUAAUAGAAAUAUUUGUGUAGCUCAUAUCCUUUUAGGAGGGCCUUGUGCAAGACCUAGGACGUAGGGUUUUGAGAGUACCUUAUUUUUCAAGAAAUGAGCCAGUUUCGUAGCCUGUACAAGUAGGUAUUUUCUACGAAGCCCACGGUACAGCAUAAAGAGGAGUUAACUUAUGCCAGACGUCUUACGAGGCAGACAUUUAUUGGAAAAAGUGUUUAUUAGCACAACAUAAACUUGGCAAAAAGAAUGCCAUGUCGCGCAGACGGCACUUGUAGGUCACAGAGGUUAUCUGUACAACGAACAGGCAAACUACACUCUUAAAACAGAACUUCACCACAUAGCAUGCUUUCGGCAACCACCAUCCCAAAUGACCUCAUUCUGCUCCCUGAUUGGUUAAAGACUGGAGGCAUACUACACUUUUUUGUGACAUUUUUGUGCAGUUGUGUUAAUUGUCACAAAAAGGUGUACGCCCCAUGCUUUUCACAAAUCAGGAGUGAUAACAGUAUCAUUCUGUGCAAUGGUUGGCCUUCAUCAUGCUGUGUGGUAAAGUUUUGUGUUAAGACCGUAGAGCUUUAGCUUAUUAGUUAAUGUAAUUGCAACCAUACAGAGCAUGGAUGCUAAUAUGUUCAUCCUCCACGAAGAAGCAUCUGAGGUAGUCUAAAGAAGCUUAUAGCACCAGUGUAUCCUGUCUUGUAUUUAGGGUAUAGGAAGCAAGGUGCACCUUCUUUUCUUUUUUCUUUGCUUUUUGUAAAGGUGGUUGUUUCUGUUCGUAUAGUGAGGGAAACAUCACCAUAAAUUACAACAGAUCCAGACACAUUACAAGAAAGCUGGUAAACCUGUGGCAUUGUGCAAAAUUGUUGUCUUCUUGUAAGCAUCAAUGGGCACACUGUUUCUGCACAUGAAACAUGUUCUUUGUUUUUCACUUGGAGGUGAUAAUUCGUCAUAGUUGUACAGUCAAAAUAAAUAUUUUGGUGAUACGA